AUGUUACACGAUGUGUGUCGUAGUCAAACACCUACUCGUACUCGUAAUCCACUUUUUCGACAGCGAUUACAUAACUCACCGAGCUCAACAUCAGUAUUUUCACUGACACCAUCGUUAACAACAGGCAUGAUUCAAUCGGCAGCACCCGGUGAAUUUUCGCAUUGUUGUGCGACAGUAUCAUUCGACUCAGUCUAUAAUAUCACAGAAGAUCUUUGCCGCGGACGGUUUUCAUCUGUAAAAAAAUGUGUAAAAAAAGAGACACCUGAUCAAAUGUUCGCUGCAAAAAUCAUUAAAAAACGUAACAUUCAACAUGCGCUCAAUGAAUUACGUAUCUUCCAGUUAUCACAUAAACAUCCACAUUUUGUUUCCCUCUAUCAAGUAUUCGAUUUACCCACCGAAGCCAUCUUUAUAUUGGAAUAUGCGAAACAAGGUGAUUUACAAUUGGCAAUUGAACUUGAAGGUUGCUUAGAAGAAAUACAAGCGAUUCAUGUUACUAAACAAGUUUUAGAAGCUGUUGCGUUUCUACAUGAUAACAAAAUUGUUCAUCUUGAUAUCAAACCCCAAAAUAUUCUUCUCAUGGAAAAAUGGCCAAGCACACAAAUCAAACUAUGCGAUUUUGGUCUCUCACGCGUCUUAACCAAUCAACGCUUAUUGGAAAUGUCAGGUACCACAGAUUUUCUCGCACCGGAAGUUGUCAACUAUGAACCACUGACAUGUGCUACAGAUAUGUGGAAUAUUGGUGUAUUAAUCUAUGUUCUUGUUACUGGUCAUACACCAUUUGGUGGUGCGACAAAGCUCGACACUCAAAGUAAUAUCACACAUUGCAUACUAGAUUUUCCAUCCGAUUUAUUCGAAAAAAUCUCGAAAAAAUGCAUUGAUCUCAUUCAAAAAUUAAUCGUUCGAAUACCAAAACGACGCGCAACAGCUCAUGAAUCAUUGAAACAUUCAUGGAUAUGUUUUCGCGAUGAUCCAACAUUACCCAAUGAAGAAACUCUCGAAACAUUCGAUGAGGAAAUUAUUGAAGAAGAAAUUGUUGGAUUAACCAAUGAAAUCAGUGCUCAAAAUUUUAAUUGA